AUGACAUUUAGUGAAUGUGUUAAAAAAUUAAAUGAUUAUUUAACACGUGGAAUUAUAACUGCUGCUGGCAGUCGAACACGGAUAUACCUUCAUCGAAAACAUGUACGAUCAUGGCUUAUUUAUUCGAUACGUUUUCGACAACGUGAUAAUAAUAAUAAUAGUCAAAUGGUUCCGGAUCAAUUCGAAUACGAUAGGGAUAAUGAUUUGGAACGGAUUUUAUUCAAAACAAAUUAUGACUAUCAACAAACAACACUUUAUUGUUUUCCGACGUACGAUUGCUUAGCAAAAUUCGGUGUUUCAUUUCCAUCAUCGUUGAUGAAUCAACAGCGAGGCAUUGAUCGAAUGCCUUUUCCUAGUUAUUAA